AUGGAAAAUAGUGUGUCUGAUGUUAAGAAGAGACAGCGGGGUAAACAUUUUACGGAACGCGAAAAAGAAUUUUUGAUUGAUCUAAUUUUGCCAUAUAAAUCAGUUAUUGAAAAUGUUAAAACUGAUGCUGUGUGGAACAAUAAAAAAAAUGAGGCAUGGUCAGAAAUUGUUGAUGAAUACAAUGCAAUUCAGACGUCUGGUAUUAGAAAUAUAGGCCAAAUAAAACAUAUGUAUGAUACUAAAAAAAGGGAAGCCAGAAAAGAAAAAAGUCAGUACAAGGUGCAGCAUUACAAAACUGGAGGUGGUUCAAAUCAGUCCACAUUAUCAAAUGUUACUCAAAAAGUAAUAGGUCUACUCGGUGACAGGAUGGAUCCACUUUUUAAUAAUGUUGAUUGUGAUGCUGACUAUAAUGCUAGUCAUGAUAUAAGUGGUGACCAGAUAAUUGUAGAAGANAAAUCUUUAAAACAACCAAUCGUGAUUAUAACUUGGGACUUGGUGCCAUAUUAUGUAACUGGUCUCAAAACAAUUUUCGUUACAUAUUUGUCCUAG